CUCUCUCUCUCUCUCUCACCACACGCUCGGGUACUCAUGAUCCAAUCAAACAUUCCAUCGGCUAUAAAAGGAGAGCCCCAAGCCAAUGCCAAGAAUCACAAACACGGCACAUAUGCAUUCACAUCGAUCAAGGCCUAAGAUCUAGCUAGCAGCUAGCUAUAUACCUAAUUACCUAUACUAUCUCCUACAAGAUCAGUUCGUUCGUCAUUGAUCAACCAACGAUGAGGGAGCUGAUCCGGCGGUUGAGCUUCUCGGACCCGGUGAGCGACCGCAGCGACGGCGUGCCGCGUGGGUGCGUGCCGGUGCUGGUUGUGGGCGAUGGCGACGAGGAGUGCGAGCGGUUCGUGGUGCGAGUGGAGGCGCUGCGGCACCCGUCGCUGGCGGCGCUGCUGGAGAUGGCGGCGCAGGAGUUCGGGUACAAGCAGGAGGGCAUCCUCCGCGUCCCCUGCGCCGUUAACCAAUUCAGGCAGGCGCUCACCACCGCCGCCGUCUCCAAGAACUACUGAUUAGUAUUUAAUUCUUAGCUGAUCAAUCAAGCAGAUCGAACCUUAUCGAUCGAUUGACUUUCUGGGUACUUGAGGAGCGACUCUCUGGUGCUGUUGACUUAGACUUCGUAUUAUAGCCUUAUUGUGUAAACCAUACCUUAUUGAUAUUAGACUUAUAUAUGUCAUCAUUA